GUGCAGGACUGUAAAAAAGGAUGACACAAUAUGUGGUAUAUCAUGCCAAGUCAGAGGUACAGGUGCUCUCAUUUCCUCUUUCAGGCGUGAAGGCACUGGACUACGUUGGUUGUGGAAGAAGCAGAAACACUGAGGACGCACAUAUGUAGAGGGGAGAGCUUGUGGACUUUCACCCUCAGUCCAUCGUCAUGGCCACCCAAAGCCCAGUCCGUGUUGUGCUCAUGUUUGUCGGAUUGUUUACCUUCAUAGCCGCAAUCGUAUUAAACUCUCUGUCGGCGUUUGGUGCUCAAUCAGUGGUUUUCAGGCAAAGCACAGAGGAUCUGACACUCAAGUAUGCAACGCCCAUAACUCCCGCUGAGUGGACUCUCUUUCUAUGGGACUUCAUAUAUCUUUGGCUUUCAGCCAUGUUUAUAUACUUUCUAGUGGGACUAUGUAGAAGGAGCGCUUAUGACUGGAUGUACACCACGCCUGCAGUGCUACCCUAUGGAUUUCAUGUCUCUAUCAUCAUCAAUGUUUGCUUGAAUAUUACAUGGUUGUUUCUGCUGGACAGAGAGUUGUUGCUGCCAGGGCUGAUAACCUCAGUGCUUUUGAUGUUCACUGAAUACAUGAUCCUAUUUUUCUCCUGUCAUGGACUGAAGAUCUAUGGAGCCUGGUUGAACAAAUACCACAACGCAGACCUGUGGCUCAUAAGAGUAUUGGUGCAAAAUGGAGUCGCGGUAUAUGCAACAAUGGGAACUCUGCUCACACUGCUGAACCUGACGAUGUACUUACAGCAUCAGACAGGUACAUCUAGAUGUGACUGUGCAAAGCUGUCAUUGCUGCUGCUUCUGAUGAAGCUGUCAGCCUGGUUUCUGUUAGAGAACUUUUACUUUGAUGAGCAUGUGCGUUAUAUUGUGACCAUCUACCCUGUGGUGAUCCUGUGGCAGGCAGCCAUCCUGAUUAAUUCUAACUCUCCUGAACAUCAGGUUUACAUCUUUGCAGCUUCAAUCCUGGCUAUUUCCAGCGCCAUGUUUGUGGCGCGCAUUGGCCUGGUCACAUGGAGGCAUUACAAACGGCCGCUUUACAGAGCCAGUGGACCCAGUCUGUCACCAAUAGAAAUAGCCUUGACACAAAGAAAAAUCUUUCUGUGAACAUUAGCUUUGUCUUUUUAUGACUCUUUUUUUGAAAUUCACUAUGGAUGUGUACAACUGAUCUGUAAAUACUGCAAAAAUCCGAGAAUUAAAACAAUGGUGCACUGCACAGCUCCC